GGAAAACUCCGGUUUAUUGAUAAAAAAGUGAAUUCAAUUUUAUUAAAGCUAUAGGAAACAGGAAUGGCCUUUAGUGAAGUUUGUAGAAUUUGUUUAUGCGUUAAUGUUCGCAUGUUUGUACUAAAGAAGACUAGUCUCCGAAAUUUGUACAAAACAUUGACCAACAGUUUUGUAAGUUUGUUAAUAUUUCUUAAUAUUGCAAAUUGAAGUUGCAGUAAUUUGUUGUUAUCGCCGGAGAAAUAUAUUAUAACUUGUCUGAUAUAAAAUGCGAUAGAUCGGGGCUAGGCUAAGGUGCAUCGUUAAAUAUAAGUGCAACCAGAACCUGAAAAUCAAUAAUUAGCCUGAAAUCUUACUACAUACUAGAAGAGACUUGGUUGUUUGCAAGACGCGGUGGAGCCAGCGGGCUUAACUGUUUCUGUUUCUUCCACGCGACCCGCACUGCUGCAUAGAAUUUUUCGCGGUGUCUGUUCUUGUACAUAUUACUGAGUAUUACUGCAAUGUUACCUAUGUCAAGAAAUUGACAUCCUCUCUGGUUUGGUCUUCCACUCACUAAAAGCCAUUCUAUCAGACUAUUAAAGUGGGAGAUUAGAGUGCACAUGUGCUUACAGACACAAAAAUUCCGUCACUCUCAUAUUUCUCAUAUUCCUAAAGACAAGUCUGAGAAGGGAAUAAUUUGCACAUGUGCUUGCUUACACACACAUGCAAUAUAAUCCUGCCCUGCGCUAAUAAAUAGUCUCUAUUGUGAUUGUAAUUCUGUCCGUAGGACAUUAUUAUUGUCAUGCUGUAGCUAUAUAUCUAUGUGUCACAGGUGGGUCGGCUGUACCGGGUUGGUACCAUGGACCAAACAGAAUACCAGUUUGAAAUAGCAGCUUAAUUCUGCUCUGAUUAGUAUGGUGAGUGUAGAGAAUGUUGUGUGUAGUGUAGAGUGUGAGGUGUUCCGUCUUGGUCCUCAGAGGUGACAGCACAUCUUUGUUUUGAUCCUUAAUUGGGGAUAAAUUGUAGAUGUCUAUGGGUGGUCACUUACCAUCAGGUGGACUGUGUGAUCAGAUGUUACCUUUAAUGUAUAAAAACAAAUUUCGAUAUAAGCCUGUAUCCUGGUUUCAAGUCUGUAUGUGUGUUCUAUUUUAUUUAUUUAUCCAAUAUGUUAUUAAAUUGGUUUAUGGUUUGUGCUGAUAUCACUUCCUGGCAGCUUGUUCCAUACUUCAACCACUCUUUAGUUAAAAUACAUGAGUUAUUAGGUGUCACCACUUUAAUCAAUUUGAAGUGAUGUCCUUAAGGUCUGUGUUGUGUAAGUACUGGAAUAAUAAUUGUCAAAAUUUUGUAGAUCAUAGUGUUUAUAUAUUAUUUUAUAUGUUUCAAUCAAGUGUCCUCAUUCUCUGUGGUCUUUUAGAGUUGUAAGUUUAAGUGCUUUCAGACUUUCAUCAUAUACUAUGUUUUCAAUGCUCUAGAAACUUUUGAAUAUGUGUGUUGAAGCUUUUUAGGGUUCCGUACCUCAAAAGGAAAAUGGAACCCUUAUAGGAUCACUUUGUUGUCCGAGUUCCGAAAUGCUAACUCAGCUCGUCUCGGCUUGCGGGAAUGUUUUGAACACAAAACAGAAAAAAAGCUGCAAAAACUGGGACCAUUUUUACUGUUGUUAAAAUAUAGGUACUGUUAAUGUUACAGUUCUAAAAGGUUGGUGUGUACAGUGAACAAGGUGCUUUUUAGGGUUCCGUACCUCAAAAGGAAAAAACAGAACCCUUAUAGGAUCACUUUGUUGUCCGUAUGUCUGUCUGUCAAGACCCUUUUUCUCAGAAACGCGUGAAGGUAUCAAGCUGAAAUUUAUAUCAAAUACUCAAGUUUAUUGUCCCUUAGAGCUGAAAAAAAUCAAACUUCUAUGCCAACGCAAUCAAAAGAUACAGCCGUUUAUGCUGCGAAUUUUCGACAUUCAAAUUUCAUUAAAAUUUGGUACGAAGCAACGUAUUAUAGCACAGAUAAAGGAAAAAUUGCGAAAAGCAUAAAUUUUUAGUUACUUCAUAUAAUAAAAAUAUUUUUAAUAAUUUAUUUACCUAUGGAUUUGUUCGAAACCCUCAGUGCGCGAGUCCGACUCGCACUUUGCCGGUUUUUUUUAUAGGAUAAGAGUGACAAACGAGCACACAGUGCACCUGAUGGUAAGUGGUUGCUGCGGCCCAUAGACAUCUACAUCUAUCUACUAUUAAAAAUCAAAAUGCAGAGAGAGUCACCCAUGAGGACUGAGGACUAAGAUGGAAUGCCUCAUUUCCAGUAAAAAGGGUCUCCGGUUCUGUACACUCACCAUGUGAAACACAGCAGUGAUAAGCUGCUAUUUUACGCUGGUAUUCUGUGAGAGUGUGGUCCUUCCCCGGUUGAGCCGACUCAUUUGUGUUACAACUAUCUUACUAAUAUAGCUGCAGCAUGGCUCUACCACGUAUAAGAGCUUCUUUAGCCACUCAAUAUAAAUUGGAAUGUAUAUUCCAAAAUAAAUUGAAAAUAUUUUUUAUAUGAUUUUAGUAUCUUUUCUGGUAUUAUUAUUAUUAUUUGCCAUAGUUGCCACGCUAGGCAGGCUGGUUGGCGACUGCAGUUUUUUUAUUAGUCUGACCUGUUAUGAGAAAAAUGCUGCUGCAUAUAUUCUUAUGAGAUAAAAUAAUCUAAUUGUUAGAUGACCAAACCCACCUGGAAUUUACUUCAUACUGUAUUUUAUAUUAAAUUAAAAAGUUUAAAACUGCUAGGGGAUGUAUAUUGUUACUAACUUCCAUUUGAAACUAAGUGACAAUGGCCUAAUAGUUACGGGUGUAAACUGCAAACUCAAGAAAGUAUUAAGUUCAAAUCUGCCAUUUGUCUAUUGUUGUAUUGUGUAAGCAUUUUCAGUUUACUUGGAGCGUAAGAGAAGUAUUUGUAAUGUUAAUAGUGAUGUUAGUAGUUAAAAACUGAAAGUAGGUUUAGUAAGAUUGAGUUUUGAAAGCCUCAUACUGGCAAGCAAAUUGUUGAGUGGCCCCCCAUUGGAUUGUGGCAAUCUGGCAACACUGGUAGUCGAUGCAUGUAGGUGGCUUAGGACUGUAUUUUUGCAGUGAUGAUGAUUCACAAGGUGGUACAACUGUUUUUUGUCUAGGAGUCUAUCUGGAUAGUUAUCAUCCUCUUGCCUAUUUCUGCCACCAGCAGCAGUAUGUGUCUCGGUGUGAAGGACAUUGAGAGCCAGUAUAAUAACAGGCUGUGAAGCAUUACAUCUUAGUCCUCAGAGGUAACAUCGCAUUUGUAGCCUUUGCUUGAAGUUCGUUGCAGGUGCCUAUGGGCUGCAGUUGCCACUUACCAUCGUGGAUUGUAAGUUUAUUUGUCACUUCAAUGUUGUAAAAAAGUGAUGUCGAUGAAGAUAAUUGUGGUAGCCAAUAGAUUUUAUUACAAACUUGUGUAUUUAAGUACUUUUCCAUAUUUAUGAUGAAGUUUCAUAUUUUCAGAUGGAUGAGGAUGAGGAGCCCAUAAUUGUCUGUUUCACCUGUCAUGCAAGACUAAUUCGUUGCUUAACAUUACAACAACAGGCUAUUGAGUCAAAUGCAAUUCUGGAGCAGUUGCUUGCAGGAGGAUCCAUGUUAAUACCAAAACCACAUGAGGCUAGAUAUAAAAUUCAAUUCACACCAAUUAGUCAUAUAGAUAUCAGGCCAGUAGAGUGUGAUGUAGAAAAUGAUUGUAAGGACGAAAUGUUUAGCCUUGCAUCUGUUAAAGUUGACGAAGAGAAUUUCGAAAAUGAGAAUUCCAAUUUUGAAGAAAAUGGGAAUCAUGAAACAGAGAGUGCUGAUAAACAAGAAGAUUUGAAGAUUGAUGCUUUUGAAGAUAGACAUACAGAUUCGGAGAACGACUUGCCACUCAUUGCAUUCGUUUCAAAUAGUAAAAAAGAUAACAAUGACAUAGGUAAAUGAAUUUAUGUUAAAAAACCUCUAUC